AUGGCUUCAGCUGUCUCUGAAGUCACUUGGUUAUUGGGUUUGUUUUCUGAGUUAGGAGUGUCCAUCCAAGUGCCUAUCACCAUUCUAAGUGACAAAGAAAUUAAAUCAUCAAGUAAGACCACCAGAGGCAGGGAUCUGGAAAUAGUUUCUCAGGCUCGAAACUUUGCUUUUAAUGAGCUGACUUUGGCGACAAGGAACUUCAGACGUGAAUAUCUUCUUGGAGUGGGCGGCUUUGGUUUUGUCUACAAAGGCUGGAUCAAUGAGAGCGGUAGUUCGCCAGUGAAACCUGGCACUGGUCUUGCUGUAGCAGUAAAGACUCUAAAUAGAAAUGGAUGUCAGGGUCAUAGGGAGUGGCUGGCUGAAGUACACUUUCUUCAAAAUCUCCACCAUCAAAAUUUAGUUAAGUUAAUAGGCUAUUGCAUGGAAGGCAAUCAGAGGCUAAUCGUCUACGAGUUUAUGGCUCGUGGAAGUUUGGAGAACCAUAUCUUCAGAAGGUCCAUAAUUCUUCCUUGGUGCAUCAGGAUGAAAAUAGCAUUAGGGGCAGCACAAGGCCUAGCCUAUCUUCAUGAAGAAGUUCAAAAGCCGGUUAUAUUUCGUGAUUUUAAGGCAUCCAACAUCUUAUUAGAUGCGGACUACAACGCGAAGCUAUCAGACUUCGGGCUUGCCAGAGAUGGGCCCGAGGGAGAUCAGACGCAUGUGUCGACACGUGUAAUGGGAACACAUGGCUAUGCUGCUCCAGAAUAUGUGAUGACUGGGCAUCUGACAAUGAAAAGCGACGUCUACAGCUUUGGAGUGGUUUUACUUGAAAUAUUGAGUGGCUGUAAAACCAUGGACAAGAGCCGACGGAUGGGUGAGCGUAACUUAGUAUCAUGGGCAAAACCCUAUCUUGGAGAUAGGCAUCAUUUUUGGCGGAUCAUAGAUCCUCGUCUCGGAGGCCAUUUCUCAAAGAAAGGAGCACUUAAGGCUACUGAGAUUGCUUCUCUCUGCCUUAGAAGGAACGCGAAACUCAGACCUCAGAUGAGCGAAGUUGUGGAAAUGCUGAUGCAUCUGCCUUCAAUGACUGAAACUGAAGAUGCUGAUGUCAACUCAAAUAGAAAUAAUGUGGAGGCAAGGGUUGUAGCAAACGAUAAACAUGUAGCUGGGAGCCUCUAUUCGCCAACUGGUUCACAUGCGUCAGCAUCUAACUAUGCCCUUAAUAACAAGCAGAAGGGGAAACUUCCAAUGCAUGCUUAA